UUUGCAUGUAGUCUUCCAGCCCAUAAUGCGUAUGUUUUGGGGAUCUCCGUCCCUUGACAUCGGUCGGGAUAAAACAGGAGUUUUGACAGCAGAACGGACCAAAAUGUAGCACGAUAAUGUUGAUUAUGGGAGAAUCACAGACGUAAUCUUGUUCGCAGGUUGGCUUGAAUAUCCAGGUGGUGCGUACACUCUCGGGGUAGACAGCUUGUUGACUUGCAGACUCCUGUUUUUCGUGCAGGAAAAAUGCGAAGAGAUGCGGAGUGUGUGCGGGCAUUGACUCUGGUGUGGCUUCUGUCUUGGAUGUCAUAUAGCGAUCCUCAUUAUCCACCUGGGAGGCCCAGACUUACGAGAUGCCGGUCCCCUGAGAAAGAAACCUUUACCUGCUGGUGGGAGCCGGGAUCUUCAGAUGGAUUGCCCACCAGCCAUCAUCUGUAUUACAUAAAGGAGAGAUCUGUGGAAGUCUUUGAAUGUCCAGAUUAUCAUUCAGCAGGGAACAACUCCUGCUUUUUCGAUAAGCGGCACACGUUGAUUUGGAUCAUAUACAACAUCACAGUGGUGGCGUCCAAUGCACUCGGGAAAACCUAUUCUGAAUCUGUGGAAGUAGAUGUUAUGGAUAUAGUUCAGCCUCACCCUCCAGAGAAUGCCAACGUGUCUUUAAUUCAGGCCGACAACAACUUUUACAUCCUGGUGCGGUGGGAACCCCCUCGUGAGGCAGACACACGUUCAGGAUGGGUGACAAUAAGAUAUGAAAUUCGUGUAAAAAGGGAGAAAAGCAGGGAGGAAAGCAACAGCUGGGAGUCAUAUAAUGCUGGAAAACAGCUGGAGUUCAGCAUCUACAGUCCUCAGCCAAGUGCAUCUUACCUUAUACAGGUGCGCUGUAAACUCGACCAGGGCCUGUGGAGUGAAUGGAGCUCUCCCGCUUUCAUCCAGAUCCCAGACAAAACCUCAGACACACAAAGUGCGCUCUUGAUCUUCUCUGUGACUCUAACAGCUUUUAUUUUCUCACUGACUGCCGGAGUGCUGGCUGUCAAGAUGAAACACUUGAAACGUUUUCUGCUGCCACCAGUUCCACAACCGAAGAUCAAAGGCUUAGAUAUAAAACGUCUUAAGAAUGGAAAUUCUGAGGAGAUCUUCAGUGGUCUUCUCAUUCAAGAACAUCCCCAGAUAGCCCAGAAUCUCGAGCUUCAAGUGGAGUUCCUCGUGAUCUCAGAUGGUGAUGAAGAGUUCGAUGGUCAAGGACCUCACAAACACAAAAUAGAUUCUUCUAGAAAGCCUCCUCUAAACGGCAAGCAGAUCAUGGAGAACAGCACAGAGGAGGUAAACUCCACACGAAUAAUGUGUCCCAGUCCUGGAUGUGACUAUCAGGACUGCACAGUUAAAGAUUCUCUGUUUCUGAGCAUCCAUGGAGAGACUCAACCGCAACUUUACCACGACUGUAGCGGCUUGCUAAUAAAAGCCCAGGAACAAAAUACAGCCAACACUGGACUGAGUGAAGGUGAAACUGACAUCAGAGUCAGCAUCACUCCGGCUGAACUCACAGGUUACGUUGAGGUCGAUAAAGAUAAACAAGACCAGGAGGAUUAUAGUAAAAUCAGUGACAUUAUCAGUGAUAAUAUCCUCGUGCUACAUAAAGACACAACCCCCCUACAGAAACACAAAGAGGGUAAAUGUGACAAAAUAAAGUGUGAAACCGAGGAAACCACUGAUGUUGAACCACUGGAAUAUUUGGAAACUGUGACUUUUGAAUGAAACUUUUGUCUUGUGAAAACUGUCAAAGCACUUUGUAAACAGAGACGUCAGAGCAAACUUUUGGUUUGUGUUCUCUACUAUCCGGUUUCUCUUGAAGGAAAUUGACUUUUCUCUGUUGACUUAUUUAAUAUGGAUCUAAAAACAGGAAGCUGCUAUAAGAGGUCAGCGUUCAUAGUGAAAAUUCCUUUUCCAAACCAUUACACAUCCACCAGAAGCUGUUAAAAAAUACCCUACUACAGAUCAUUAUAUUAUUCUUUAAACCUCUCAAAACCUGUUUUUCUGCCAACUACCUCACUUUAGGAGACAAAGGAAAAACAUAUGGAAGGAGGCUUUGCCUCUUUCUCUCUCUCUCUCUCUCUCUCUCUCUCUCACUCUCUCUCUCUGGCACUUUUCUCAAUGCUUGCUGCUGCAGAUUUUUUUUGAGAUUCCUCUGACUGGUCAAAAAUGAUUUCACAAUUUAUUUAUUCCUGUCAGGUCCUGUUUGAUUCUUUUUAUUUACUACUCGGCUAGUUGGAAUGUUCGAUUCGGAUUGGCCAGUCACGACAUUUGCAGGUUCAUUAUUCCCAGAUAACAACCUCUCAGAACACAAUAAUACGGAUGCAGCAAAUCAUUUUGACAGUUUUUUUUGGCCAUUUAAAUAUAAAUAUGUCUUUUAAUAACAUAUACAACAUUAUAUUUACAAAUGAUUAAACUAAAUUGCCUGUUCGUGAUGUUUGAACAUCGUUUCUUACCUUAAAACCUAAAGUAAAUGGCUUUUCCUCACGGAAGGUCGGCAUUUGGUAAAUAAAAUAUUUCAAAUUCACAUUUUAACAAAUGUACACGCAACCGGCUGUUAUCGCGGAAUAAGCUCCUUCACUGUGCCUCUAAAUUAUCCCUUACUUAUACUGUACUUGUUGAAAGCCUAAUUUAAAGCAAUAUUCCGUUUCAAUAUUCAGUCGGCUGGACAAAACCAUACAUACAGUAAUAUUUUGUACAAAUAUUUAUAUAGAAAACAUUGGUUAAGGUAUUUUUUUGACAAAAUUAUUUUCCAAAACAGCAAACAUACAGCUGCAGGGAAAAAUUAAGAGCCCAUAUCAAAUUUAUUUUCUGUUUUCCUGAAAUUACUAUUUGUCGGUAUGUGUUUAGGCAAAAUUAUCAUUUUUGUUUCAUUCCGUGAAUUACUGAACAUAUUUCUGACGAAAUAAAAAUAACAGAAUAGAUUCUCUGUAUUUUUUCAUUCACUUUUAAGCAAUACAACAGUAAUAUUUCUUCAUGUAUUUAGGAAAAGUAAAAAAAAGUAAUAACCUGGAUUUUUAUUACAGUUUUCAUCUGUCAUUUCUGGCUGUCAGUCUUUCACAUUACUGUUGGAGGACUUUAUGUCACUCCUGAGGUUUGAUUUUGUUGAAAUUCAACUGCAAUGGCCAACAUACAUCUAGAAAUGGUGAUUAAAUGAAACUUCUGAAUGAUCAAAUUUUUCUGUGGCUGUAUGUCAGAGAAUAUGGGUUUUAUUCAAAUAUUGCAUAUAUUUCUAUAAAAAAAAAAAUAAGGCAUACAAUGACUGCAUUUUGUAUCAGUUUUUAAUAUUUUGUUGAUUCGAUUUUGACAGCAUUCAUUCUUCUCCUGGGUCUUGACUCAACAAGCUUUGCUCAUCUGUUUUAAUUUUUUGAAUUAGAAUUAGAAUGCCUUUAAUGUGCUAUUUCAUCUUAUAUAUAUUGAUGGCCUCCGAGCAGCAGAUUAUGCAGACGGGUCAGCAGGUCAAAUGAUGGAAUGUUUUUGGUUUGCAGUGCAACAGUAAAGAGUUACUUGUGUUAAAUCAAACAUUGACUUGGGAACAAACAGUUCAGUCUGAAGGAAAUGGAAGAAGUUAGAUUUUUGUUGUAAUUCUGCAGCUUUCAGUUAAAACUGGAACUUGAGUUAUUUCCUUGUUUUUCAUCUAUAUGUCUAUUGUGGGGAACAUUUAUGC